AUGGCAAAGACCGAACCAGUAACAAUAGCCAAUCUUGAUGAACACAAUCGAUUAGCAUUUGAAAGAUUUCUAAAAUUUGAACACGAGAUGAAAGCUUCAUCGAAAGAGCUGAAUCCUUCCUAUCGUGCUCCCUAUCAAAACCUUAAUCCAACUCCACUUGGAUUGUGUGCAUUUGCCUUAACAACAUUUAUGGCAUCUAUGUAUCUGGCUGGUGCAACUGUUCUUGUUACUGCCUCUCUAGGUGUAGUUAUGGGCCCUGCUCUAUGUUAUGGUGGACUCGUUCAACUUCUAGCAGGACUACUCGAAUUUCGUAAUGGAAACAGCUUACUUGGUCUUAUAUUUUCUUCUUAUGGAGGAUUCUGGCUCAGUUUUGCUUCACUUAAUAUAUCUGCUUUCAGCUUUCUUUCUGGUUACAGUGAUUCAGUUGCAUUGAAUAAUGCUCUUGGUGUCUUUUUUCUUGCAUGGACAAUUUAUACGGUACUGAUGCUGCUGGCUGUUCUACGAACCAAUUUCGUUACUAUCGGUCUGUUCGUUUUUCUCAUUAUCUGUUUUGUACUUCUUACCGCCAGCAAAUUUUUACAAGCCGAUCCUAACUUACAACGAGCAGCGGGCGCAUUUGGUAUUCUCACUGCAGCCAUUGCUUGGUACUCGGCUAUUGCACAUUUGCUGAAUAGUAUGGAUUGGUUUUUCAAGCUACCUUUGUUUGAAGUUAAAUGGCGGUGA